UCCCUCCUGCCUGAAGCUCCGCUCCUUUGGACCAAACCUUUCCCAUUUGACUCACUCCGUCGCAACUGUUGGACUUACUUGUCAUUCGGUUCACCGAGCGGCCUAACCAGCAGCCCCCUCAACAACAACAACAAAAAAAAAAACAUGAGUUGCAAAACUCGUCAAUCAACUUUUUCUUUUGGAUUGGAUAGUUUUUUUGUCCACGAGUGAAGUUCUUUUGGGAAGUAAUGGAUUUCCCUACUAGCCGGAGUCCCACGGAACAGCUGAUCAACUUUACGCACGAACUGAAGCGGGAAGCCUUCAGCCACCGCGGCUCAUCGUGAUGGAUGAAACAUCUACUACAACAGGGAACACACAUAACCGGAAGGCUCUCUAAGAAGGCAGCUGGAGACUUAAGAAGCGAUCUGUAAGAAUGAGGAUCAAAUACACAAUACCCAUCGUCUUUUUUGUGGCACUCGUUAUCAUUGAGAAGGAGAACAGCAUUGUCUCAAGGGUGUCAGACAAGCUCGCCUUAAAGCAGACCUCCCAGACUCCUCUGCAGCCCAGUGGCUCCUACCGCACGCUGCCGAAGCACAAUGGCUCCUUUGCCCCACUCGGCAAGAUGGACUCGGCCUUUAUGCUGAUGAAGCGGCGCCUGGUGGACUACAGCCAGCACCAGGAGGUGGUGACGGAGGGCAGGAGGCACAUCCUCCUGCUGGCCACCACCAGGACCGGCUCCUCGUUAGUGGGCGAGUUUUUCAACCAGCAGCGCGACAACAUGUUCUACCUGUUUGAGCCGCUUUGGCACGUGGAGAAGAUGUUGACGCUGGAGACCGGCGGCACCAACGCCACGGCGGCGGUCAAGGCGUACCGCGAUGUGCUCCGGCGGCUCUUCUUGUGUGACUUCUCCCUGCUGGAGCGCUUCAUCGACCCCCUCCCCGCGGACCACACCACCGCCGCUCUUUUCCGCAGGUCGUCCAGCAGCUCGCUAUGCGAGGCCUCGGUCUGCAGCCCCGCCAUCAAGGGGGUCUUUGAGCGUUAUCACUGCAGGAACAGACGCUGCGGCCCCUUGAACUUGACCAUGGCGUCUGGGUCCUGCCUCCAAAAGGAGCACAGGGUGAUCAAGUCGGUCAGAGUGCGCCAGCUGGAGAACCUGCGUCCUCUGGCCGAGGACCCGCACCUCGACGUGAGGUUCAUUCAGCUGGUUCGGGACCCUCGGGCUGUGCUCGCCUCGCGCAUGGUGGCCUUUGCGGCCAAAUACAAGAACUGGAAGCAGUGGGCUGUGGAUGGGGAUGUUCCGAUUGACAACGAUGAAGUGAAAAAGCUGAAGGGGAACUGCGACAACAUCAGGAUGUCGGCCGAGAUCGGCCUGAGACAGCCAACGUGGCUGCGCAGGCGUUACAUGCUGGUGAGGUACGAGGACAUCGCUCGAUUCCCCCUGAGGAAGGCGGCGGAGAUGUACAGGUUCGCUGGGAUCCCGCUCACUCCACAGGUGAGAUCCUGGAUCCUGAAGAACACCCAGGCCUCCAAGGGGACCAGCGGCGUUUACUCCACACAGAAAAACUCCUCAGAACAAGUGGAGAAAUGGAGGUUCAGUUUACCUUUUAAAAUAGCCCAGGUUGUGCAGAAAGUUUGUGGACCAACGCUGAAGCUUUUCGGGUAUAAAAUUGUCAGCAGUGAAGAAAUGCUAAGAGAUAAGUCCUUUAGUUUGAUUGAGGACAAAGUUUUCAAGUUUUUAUAAACUUUCACGAAGAUGAACUCUGAACCCAGAUGCAGGAAACUGAAAAAAUUACAUAUUUAUUAUGGUAAUUUAUCCUAGUACAGAGAGCCACAUAUUUUCAGAAUGUGUACUAUUUAAAAUCUAGAAAAUGUAUUGUUAAGCAGAAAGUGCAUAUAAAGCUUUUUAACAUUGAAGCAAGAGUGUAUAUAGAGACUUUACACAUGGGAAAAUAGGAAGCUAUCUUUAUUUUUGCACUCCAGACUAUUUUCUCUGUCCAAACUGUAUCGUUGGCUUGUUCUGCAGGCCUUUGCCAAUAGAAACAAUUCCCACGGGAGAUGUGUUUGUGAACAAUAGCAAACUGUUUUUUUUUACACUUCAUGGAACCUCUGAUUUAAAAUAAACGUUGCUUAUUUUUUUAGCUGCAGCUUUUACAUAAAGAAAAAAGAAGAAUAGCUGCUUUGUAUCGCAAUGCACGUGAGAAUGUUCUAUCCACUUAUUGAUGAGACUAAGUAAUGUCCCGUGUUGAUUUAUUUAUUUAUUUUCUGCUGAGAGUCAUAAGGACUCUGAAUGUGCACAGGCUAUUUUGCCAUCUGUAGGGGCUUUUCUUGCACACAUAUACCGCAGUGUGCUGCACAUGCAUGUUUGUAAUUGGCUUUCCUUGUGAUUGGACAUUCUGUAAAAACAGAUGUUUACACUGCCACUGUUCUGCUAACAUUCCAACUGCAGCUGGUUUGCAGGAUUGUGUAAGGUUUGUCGGCAGGUCUAUCUGUUGACAUAAGUCUCUUGGCUGGUAAUUAAAAGAGGCCCGAUAGUCUCGACUGACAGACUCUUGGCUAAUGUUCCAAUCUCUGCCUUUGGCAACUUGUUUGUAACAAUAAACUCUUUUACUGUAAAACACG